AUGGAGUCCGAAGUUGCACCUCGCAGGUCGAGUACCUCAACACUCCAGAUGACAGUCUCUAAAAUGAGAGAAGCAAUCACCAUUGCCUACCUUCUCACCGAGAGCAACAUUAAAGGCUAUGUCCAGCCCGUCACCCUAUUUGCCCUCAUCAGCGUCGCCUCCAGCGGCGUCACCACCGUUGACAAGGCCACAUUCUUCGAACUCGCCACCGCCGUUGCCCAUGCCUCCUGUUACAUUUGGCUGUACAUGUUGCAUUUUGACAGCAGCAACCAGAUGGAUCCCGAGUCUGUCAAGGAGGACACGCUCAACAAGCCCUGGCGCGCCAUCCCCUCGGGCAAGCUCAGCAUCCAAGCUUGCAAGAAGUGGUAUGUCGCGGCGACGUGCCUGCUCGUCACUUCCAGCAGCUUGUACUUUGGCGGACUCCCCGAGGCUGUGGCGUUUAUGAUGGAGACGUGGGUUUAUGAUCGUGUGUGCGGUGCGAACUACUGGUGGGGGAAAAACAUCAUCAACGCACUCUUUUACGCCACGGGCCAGCUGGGCGCGACCCGUGUGGCUGCGAGGUCGAUGGGGUCUGCCGAAAUCAGCCGCGCAGGGUACCAGUGGUGCGCGUUGCUGGGGCUCAACACGCUCACUACGAUUCAGAUACAGGAUUUGCGAGACCAGCAAGGCGACAGAGCCCGUGGACGGCACACGAUGCCGCUGGUCAUGGGGGAUGGUCCGACAAGGGUGAUUACGGCCCUGUUUGUAACGCUGUGGUCGGUGGCUACUAUACCUUUUUACUAA